AGAUCCAUCCCACAACGCGGCCAUUGGUGGCGGAAGUCAGCGGAGGCGGGGGCAAUCUGUUGAAUGAAGGUGUUGACACGCCGUGGUCCAAACAGAACACCUACAGAUUUCAUGUAACCAUCUUUCGACAGCGUCUAUAAACAUUUAACAAAUGAAAGAGGCGGAGCCUACAGGGAUCUGUUUACUUAUUGAAGGAUGUGAUGUGGACCGCGGCUGGACGGCAACGCAGUGCAUGGACAAGAUUGAAACGAGCAGACGUUGUUGUUGAGCAGACGUAUUCACAGGUUGAGCCAUAUUUUACACAGAGCAGGGCGGCAAUGGUAAAAUGUUUUGGGAGUCGUACAUUUUGUUGAAAAAUACUGGACUAUAGCCUAUAGAGAGGACGUAUCUAUAUGAGGGAACGCGAUAACUGUGUUAGACCCAGACGACUGUCUGUCCAUUGCAAAAGGCCUUGAUCAAGACACCCGUUGGUGCUGUAGGUUUCAUGCCGGUGUCUGGUGCAUGAGGGUCGCGCACGGAGACCAAUAAUAACCCCUUUACUGGCCAAGAGACGAUGGGGGUCAACGGGAUAGACAAUCAGACCGACACAGCAAGUGACGAGACUCCAACCGAACAAAUUGCAGAUUCAGGAAUGGAUGAAAAAGGUAUCUCCCACGAUCAAGCGAAUCCACAAGCACCGAAUGGUCAAGGGGACAGCGAGUGUAAAAUCUCACACGAUGACAGUACCAUCCAGCUCAUUGAAGCGGGACUUAAGCCUGCCUUUUCACCGAGUUCCGAGGCACAGUCCCCGUCAGUCCCAAUAUCUAGACACGGUGCGGGGUUCGAGCCACCGGAGGGCGGAUUUGGAUGGUUAGUCGUAUUCGCCGCUACCUGGUGUAAUGGAUCGAUCUUCGGAAUCCAGAACUCCUUCGGUAUUCUCCACAUGAUGUUGGCGAGAGAACAUGCCGACCAGACGUCGCAGUUCAGAGUAGCUUGGGUGGGGGCCCUAGCCAUGGGAAUGAUCUUCUUCUGCUCUCCAGUGGUCAGUAUGUUCACUGACCACUUUGGCUGCAGGAAGACUGCUAUUGGUGGAGCCCUUGUGGCCUUUAUAGGACUUCUCAGUAGCGCCUUUGCAACUUCCCUCAGUCUGCGGUAUUUCACCUACGGUAUCCUGUUCGGCUGCGGUUCCUCCUUCGCCUUCCAGCCCUCCCUGGUCAUUCUGGGGCACUACUUCCGCCGUCGACUGGGCCUUGCCAACGGGGUGGUGACAGCAGGCAGUAGCCUCUUCUCCAUGGGCCUCCCAGUGCUUCUCAAGAAGGUGGUGGAGCCCCUGGGCCUUAAGCACACUUUCCAGAUCCUCAGCAUCUUCAUGUUGGUCCAGGCCUUUCUGGCCUUCACCUUCAAGCCCCUUCUCCCUCACGGAGCUCCAGGUCCGGGACCCCCAGUUCCCACUGAGCCCUCGGCCCAUCUGGCUGCCACCGCCGGGGGCAGCUGGUUGAGCCGAGGCCUGAUGCAGAUGCGGAAGUACUUUAACCUGCGAGUGUUCCACAUUGUCACCUACAGGGUGUGGGCAUUUGGGGUAGCGACUGCAGUGCUAGGGUACUUUGUACCCUACAUCCACCUGAUCAACUUUGUGAAGGAGCAGUUCAAGGAGACUGAGAAAGAGUGGGUCCUUCUGGUGUGCAUCGGAGCCUCAUCCGGCGUCGGGCGCCUCAUCUUUGGGAAGGUUGGAGAUCUCAUCCCAGGGGUGAAGAAGAUCUACAUGCAGGUGGCAUCCUUCAUGGUGCUGGGCCUCAUGUCCAUGAUGAUCCCCCAGUGCACUAUGUUCGAGGGCUUGGUGGUGGUGUGUGUGUUCCUGGGCCUGUGUGACGGAUGCUUCAUCACCAUCAUGGCCCCCAUCGCCUUCGAGCUGGUGGGCCCCAUGCAGGCCUCGCAGGCCAUUGGCUACCUGUUGGGCCUCAUGGCACUGCCCAUGACCGCUGGACCUCCUAUUGCUGGUCUCCUGCACGACUACUUUGGUAACUACCAGGUGGCGUUCUACCUGGCGGGGGUGCCCCCCAUGGUGGGGGGCAUGGUGCUGUUCUUUGUGCCACUGGUGCACCGCCGCGCUCAGCAAGGCCAGCAGGGCACGCCACAGGACCCCAGCGUCGACCACAUGCUGCCCCCACCGAUGGCGAAGAGCUGCCCCAAUGGGGACAUGUUGCCCGGCUACACUGAUGUGGAGACACACAUUUGAGUUACACGACAUAAAGGGAUUCUGUCCACCAGCACAGCUGAGAUCACUUGGCCGUCCAACUCUAUGACGCCUGUAACACCCUUCUCUCCCCACCCUGACCACUCGCCCUGGUCUGCCUGCUGGAGGACCUUUCAACCACUGGCCUCCACUAAGUAGCAGCACCACUUGACUCUGACUGAAACUAAACCACCUGCCAAAUGACCUGACCUUCUCCUGCCCUCCAAGGCUAUUUGCCGAUUGGAGGGCUCCGUGUUCCGAGGACUUUGGUUUGGCAGGAGAGGAGGAUCAUGGGAAUCUGUACUCAUAGAAAACGUUCAAUAGAUGAUGGAGAAGUACAUCCUUACUGGGUGAGAGGAGAGGGAAGAAGAGAAGAAAGAGCGGGAGAGAAGGAUGCAUCAACGUAGGAACACGAGCGGAACACAAUCAAAAACAGUUUUAUUCUCACUGUGGCUUCAGGCUUCUUUAAUUGUCCCUGCGUCAAAAUCUUGAUUGUGUACACAUCACUCAUAUGACAUAGGGCCUCUGGGAAAAAUACGUAAUUUUUUUAAUCUAGAUUUCAGACAAAUAAAAGCAUUUACCUUUGUGUCUAUUAUUUUUGGAAAGUAUAAAUCAUCUAAUGUGCUUUUAUUGGUUUUUAAAGACAGAUAAAAAGGUGAGAUUGCAGUAUUCAGUGCAUAUAAUGAAAUAGAGAGACCUUAAUACUCAUGGUUGGGUAAUGUUGUUACAUUUCAUCUCACCCUUUUAUGUGUAUCAUGUGAUUGAAUUGUUUUACAUGUUUAAAUAGGACGAUGUUUAGUUUUAACAAACAUUUUUAAACAGUUUUGGCAGUGAUAACAUUUGACUGUUACAUCCCAAUUGCAUAAUGUUUUGUUGUUAGAUCACAUCGUAUGAAGUUUAACAUUGUGGGUCUUCAAAGUCAAUUUCUCUACUAUGGGAGGCAAAAAAACUAAAUCACCUCAACCUUUCUACUUCUGACCUGGGUCAUAUACUAUUUACAAAUACAAUCAACUGCUUGGUGUAUGCCAGAUUUACCUAAUAACAUCGAAGGAAUAGAUGAGUAGAAUAGGACAGUCCCAUAUGUUAAUAAACUGAGGUAAAUCUAGCUCACUUCAUACUAUUUGAUCUGUAUUUCGCCCAGGGCUGCUACACUACAGAUACUUAAAUAUGCAACAUGUGCCAUGGUGAAGCACUUGGACCUUGCACCUAACAUGAUACUAGUCUCAUCUGAGCCUUAAAAUCCUUUUAAACAAAAAGAAUAGUAAAAUUGUAGCUUUUUUGGGUGCAAUUUUUUUUUUUAGAUUUGGAAUAGUUUGUUGUUCCAACCUAUAUCCUCACAUUUCUGUCUUUUUGGAGAAAAAAAAACGUUGUGGAAUUGACUUGGGAAAUCUCUUCUUCAGCUUUUGUUUAAAUCAGAUAGUAAUAUCAUGGAGCAAUUUUUUUGGUAUGUUUGUCUGCAUACGUAUGUACGUGUGUGUUGUUUUAUUGACACACUUCUGGUUACCACAAAAGGUUGUAUCGAUGUGUUAUGGACAUAUUCAGUCCAAGUUACAAACCCUUUACGCCCAUCUGAUGAGUGAUUGAUGUGUGAAAUAUUCUAGUCUACAUUAGCUAGAUCCCUCAGCAAACCGACUUUCUACUGGCCGAUCUGAACCUUGAUUAUUUGCUGCUGUUGUUUAUCCCAUAAUCCUUGGGCUGGUUAAAUUACAGGAAUCACCUUAACCACACUGCCUCAUAGUUGGCAUUCAAGAGGAGAAAUGGCAGUUGCUGUUGUAAAAAGGGUUCCGACCACUAACAGUAGGCUACAUCCUGAGAUUACACAUUCUGUGGGCGUUGGGCAAGAGAUUAAUGGCUUUGUGGAGAAUAGAGGACAGAAAUAAAGUGAGAUUAUCGAAGAUUAAUUGCUUAAGGGAGGAAUGAUAGGCAUAGGAACCAGGGAGAGAGGCCUUUGGCCUACCUCAAUAAUCAAGUUUAAAUUAUCUUGGCAUUCUUUGAUUAAUGUGCUUCAUAUAUAUUUCUUUGUGAGGUCUGAAGGGCUGCAGCAGCAGCUGAGCAGAUGCUGAGUCACAUGUAUGUGUUUCCUGCCGAAACUGUCAACCUCAUAUCCAAUAGUACCUCAUUAGUGUCGCAUUCCCAACAACAAAAUGUCACAGUGUACCGUUGGAGUAGCCCAUGGGGGUGGGGGGAAGCUGGCUUUUAGGAGAUUUAUCUCUGUGUCUCACACUGUAUCCCCCCCCCCCUACACAUGCCACCCUUCAUCCAACCCUCUUCCUCUCCACAUCUCUUUCACUGUGAAAACCACUCCCUGAGUUUACCCUAUCCUGUUUCCUCCUCACCUCUCACCAUUUCUGUCUUUGACAAACUACCCAUGAUCUGUCCUCGAGCCUCAUUAGGACGGUAGUCUAACGACCGAGCCAGAGGUCAUGGGUUAUGCAGAUCAUCUCUGUGCUGUUCAAAUACUUCACCUCAAAUACUUAGCUCCUCUUCUGAUCUCUGGGCUGCUCAACCUCAAACUGAGCCUGAAAGCGGCCUGCGCCCGCCCUCGGCACCAUUGGUGAUACCUAAUGCUAAGAUAGAGAAAAGCAAGCGCUGUGUUCUUUAAUGAAGCCUAUCAGAGGAACACAAUUCUCUGAAAGGAUCCUUUUUAUGGCACUUACAUUUUAUGCCUUUUUGGGGGGGAGAUUAUGUUAGUAUUUGGUUCUGUUGACAUUUCAUAACAGGGUUGACAAAGAUAGCAAUUAAGCAGAUACAAUUGUUUAAAUGUUAAUAAUUAAGAGAAGUUCUCUGGGAGGCAGAUGAGCUGUGUUUGAGGUUAGUAGGUUUGUUUAAUUAGCCAAAGUCCUGUUCUCUAUGCAGUGGUCCCAGUGACCCUUCACAUACCCCAUAAAGGGGCCAAACACUUAAUCGUAAACACAUUAUUGUGCGUCAGUUAAUUUAUCAGAUUUUUUUAUUAAGGAUUCACUCCUAUGAUGGAGCCUGUUCAAAACAGUAACUUCUUGGGUGCCCUGGGUGCCAUUACAUGACAGCUUAUUGCUGCCUGCUCAUUGAAUUCAGUCUAUAAUGAAAAUAUACAAAGUUUAUAUUUAGGGGUUUAAGAUUAAGAUUGCAGUCAUAUAGCAUGGAAACCAAGUAACAACUGAAGAUGUUUUCAGUUGUGUUGUGUUUCUGUUGUGCUGUAAGUAAAUGUAUGUGUGAGGAGGGUAGAUUGAGGGCCCAAGGAGAUAUGAUGCAAAAAUGUCUACAAUCCGAUACUUUAUGUAAGUCCAAACCAUGUCUAUUUGCUGGGACAGAAAAUGAAUCAGAAAUCAACAUUUACAGUAGCAAAAUGUUCAUAGUGCCCAUUAUUGAAUCCUUAUUUAUAACAUGUGUGUGUGUUGUCCCUCCAACUUAACUUAUUCUAUCCAAAAGUCUCAUUGCAAGUCUCAUCCAUGGUUCCAGAUGACUUGAUAAAUGAUUCUACAACAUUCAGAUUACAGAUUGUCUCCAGAUCAGUGUCAUCACCAUGUUCUUUUAGUUAUUUGACGUUCCCCUCUUUGUACCUCUCAUCCACAAUAUAAUUAAUAUUUCUACUGUCAUUUCGUCAUUCUCCUGUCUUCACCCACUACAACUGUCAACCUCUCUUUCUCAGAACCUUAAUAUUUAGUAGUUUUUUUUUUUUUAAGAAAAGCAAUUAGUGAAAUUCACAAGACUUUAAAUGAAGAGCUAUGCUGCUAGAUAUGUCAUUUUGUGUUUUAGUUUGGUGAUUUAUUGAAAAUUGUAACAAAACAAUAACAUUGGACUUGUUUUUCAUAAUUAAACCUAUUAGCCCAUGUAUGAUAAUAUGAUAAACAACUCUGUCUGAAA